AUGUUUCGGUUAGCGUUGCGUUCAGGAAACGUCUUGCGUCGCGAUGCAGGCAUCAACAUAUUCAGAUCCGUGUAUAAUCCUCGGUGGAGUAAACCAAUUCUGACCAAGUUGCAACCAUUGACACGAAUAAAUGCCUUUCCACACAAAAUGGCUCCAUUGCGAUUGUACUCCACCAAUAGUGAGAAGGAACAGCAAUCAAAAUUGCCCCCGAAACCCACACAACCACAGCGAUCUCCGCGUGUAACCAAAGAGCAACUUCUUGCCUCUGCCAAUAAUUUUAUCAGUCGAUUGGGAAUACGAAUAAAGUGGCUCAUGAAAAAGUCGAACCGGCCAUUCAAUACAGACGACUACUCUGCCAUGUUUUCCUGGCUCGUUAUGGGCAAUGCAUUACUAUUUAUUUUGGGAACUACGACGUUUUUCCUGUUGGUGAUUCUCACAUUUCAAUACUGUAUUUGCCCAGGAAUUUGUGGCUCGAAAAUUGGGUGA